AUGGCGCUCAGCUUCCACCCGACAACCGCGGCAACGCUGUUGGGCCACCUCCCCGCCCCGGACGCAGCGGACAUGAGUUUCCUCCAGGACGUCCACCCCGAGGUCACCGACGCGCUGCUCGGCUUCGUCUACGACCCGCUCGACCCCGCCAACGCCGCCCUCGACGACUUCCUCAACCCCCUCCCUGACCACGACACCGAUGCCUUCCUCGGCCCCAUCGAGGACGACGGCGACGCGGAGGAAGAGCGACAUUGUGCCAAGAAGCCGCGCGCCGGCAGCGACGACGCGUGGUACGGCGUCGUGGACAGCAACCCCGGUCAGCAUUGGAAUGGCGGCGGCAACCAGCAGGUGCCGGAGGUCCUGACCGAGUUCGUCCUACCACUGUCACCACCGGCCCCGCCGCAGCCUCUGGCAUUCGUGCGCGGCGCCGACGCGAAGAAGACCAGUGGCAACGGGUGCCAGUCCGUGCAGAGCACCACGGCGAGGGAGCGCCGGAAGCGGAUCAGCGAGAAGACGGGCGAGCUCUCGCGGCUGAUCCCCGGUGGGCACAAGCUGAACACCGCUGAGAUGCUGCAGGAGGCCGCCCGCCACGUGAAGCUCCUCCAGGCCCAGGUCGGCAUGCUCGCCCUCAUGCACACCAUCGGCUCAACCGAGAAAGAAAAGAUGCCACUCCUGGCGGUGGCGCAAGGGCAAAUGCACGCGCUGCUCGGCUGCGGAAGCGUUCAGGAGCGUCUGGCCGCCGAGGGCAAGUGUCUGGUGCCGAGGAAGCUGGUGGACGCCGUGGCCAAAGACAACGCCGUCAAGUCCAACGCGCUGGUGAACAGAGACCUCGGCAGGUUCAUGGCGUCGCUGGAGCAGUAG